GGAGCGGUUAUCGGGCAUGACUAGAAAUCAUGUGGGCUCUGCCCGCGCAGGAGUCCGCCGCCGAUUACAUUUGUAGAUAGAAACAGGCAUUUUGAUUCCGCCGACAUGUUUUUAUUUUUAGUUGUCCGAUGAAGCCUAUACGAUCUGAUUUCAUAGAAAUGAAUGAGAAGGUUGAAAAUGGUCUGAUUUCAAUCUGAGUUCCGCUACAUUUCAAUGGCAUCAACAAGCAGAAGAUCGACGCCCCCAGAGGACGAGGAGUUCGAACAUUUUGAUGAUUUCACUUUGGCAUCUUCAUGGGAAAGGUUCAUAUCUGAGAUAGAGGCAGUUUGCAGGCAAUGGCUGGCAGAUGGCCCUAGUAAUUUAUUGAAGAAGGAUGCUGUUUGCUUGGAUGCCUUUGAAGGACUUUAUAAAGUCAAAUCUGAACUUAAGUAUGCUACUAAAAGCUAUCUGAUGGAGUACUAUUUUGAAACAAAUAGUGAUGGAAAAACAAGUGAUUGGACUCAUGCGUUGCACGAUUUGCAGGUCUCCUUUGGGGUGAAAGACUUUCUGGUGAUUGCUCCACUCAGUGCAAGUGGUGUACUUCUUGAUAGACCAGAGGCCACCAAGCUAUUAAGUGCAGUUGCUAUUGCAUUAUCCAACUGUUUCAGUCUGUGGCCUGCUUUUGUUCCAGUUCAUGAUCCAUCUCGUAAAGCUUACAUUGGCAUUCAGAAUAUGGGUACACUUUUCACAAGAAGAUUCGAGGCUGAUUGUAUUGGUAGUCAGGUUCCUGUGAGGCUUAUGCACUUGGAGGGACUAUAUGAGCUAUUUGUCUCUAAAUUUGCCUUCAAUAUGGACUUGUCAGUGCAUCUAUUCAAAGUGAACCUCAAGAUGAAGCUGACCUACAAGUCGCUUCCUUGCGAUGAUGAUGAUGGUGAUAAUGAUACCCAAGAAACGGAUGCUGAAAUACAGGAGUCUGACGAGAGUCCCAAAAGCUACAGACAUAACAAAACACAUUGGGAUGAUGACUGCCCUUGGAGUGAGUGGUACACAGCUGAGGACCCAAUAAAGGGAUUUGAAUUGUUUGCCAUAUGGUCUGAGACAAUCAUUGGAAGCUCGGCAGAUAUGGCGGUAUUGGAAAAUGCUUCACCCUUUGAAGCUGAGAAGUGGUUGAUAUCUCCAAAUUUAUCUGAAGCUAUCACUGGUAAUGGGAAAAUCAUUGGAUUUUCAUCGCAAUUGCAUCUUUUAGUUGAUGCUUUGGCUAAGUCUUUUCAGGCUCAAUUCAUGGAGGAUUUUGUUUCAGUUGAGAGUUCUGGAUCUGAAGGCAUAAAGUCUACUGCAGUCAUACCUCCACCAACAGUUCUUGCUCGUGUGCUUAAAGAUCUCUUUGAUAAUGCUGAAGGGGUGGGACUCCGUUUCCCUGAAGGUGAGCCUAAGAGUUCUCGGGCCAUCAAAGGCGCCCCUCUUCAAUCUCUUUUUGCACAGUUCUGUCUUCAUGCUCUUUGGUUUGGAGAUUGCAAUGUACGAGCAAUUGCUGUACUCUGGAUAGAGUUUGUAAGAGAAAUUCGUUGGUGUUGGGAAGAGUCACAGCCAAUACCGCGAAUGCCAGCAAAUGGUGUAAUUGACCUGUCAACUUCUUUGGUUAAUCAGAAAUUGCACAUGCUUGCAAUUUGCAUAGAUAAGAAACAGCAACAUAACCAAAAGCAUAAUCAGGGAAAAGGCGAAUACAAGGAUAUGCUUAAUACUAAUGUCAAGGAAGAUAAUCAGGAUUGGAGUGAGAUAUAUCCUGAUGAUGUGCCGGGUUCUUGUGAGGAACUUAACAGAUCUACUACAGAUGGUCCGCGUGAUACUCCCUCUGAGACGGAAAAACUUUUUAAUCAGAAGCUUCCAAGGCAUACUAGGAAAGGAUCAGCUGGUACAAUGGGGUCUAUGAUGCUUCUGAAAUCACAACAGAGCAUGCACACUCCAUACACCCAGGAUCCACUGCUUAUGACUGAAGACAUGCAUGAAGAACGUCUCCAAGCAAUUGAAGCUUUUGGCAAUUCUGUUAGCUCAGCUCAAUUGGAAAAAGAGGUUUUGUCAUCAGAUAUGUCUGCAUUUAAAGCAGCAAAUCCAGAUUCUGUAUUUGAGGAUUUUAUCAGAUGGCAUUCACCUAGAGACUGGGAGAGUGAUGAUAAUAAUGCAAUGGGAGGGUCAAUAAAAAAGUGGCCUCCUCAAGGAAGGCUUUCAGAAAGAAUGUCAGAUAAAGGAAAUUACUGGAGAAAAAUCUGGAAUGAAGCCCUUCCUUUGCCAGUUUCUGAGCAGAAGCCUCUUGUAGAUCCAAAUCGAGAAGGUGAAAAGGCUCUUCAUUAUUUGGAAACCUUGCGACCUAAUCAGUUGUUGGCUCAAAUGAUUUGCACGGCUUUCAGAGCAGCAGCUGACACACUAAAUCGGACAUCUUUUGGAGGUUUAAAACAAAUGUCAAUCAAAAUGGACCAACUCUAUCUCACCCUGGCAUCAACCUUGAGAUGCUUACAAAAGAAUGACCUUUCUGCUGAUGCUGAAAUUAUUGAUGACCUGAAGCGCCUUUCUUCCAUCUUUGAACAUGUGGAGAAGUUGGUCAUCGUUGCGGCUUCUGUUCAUCGUACAUUCUUGCAGGCGCCACGUUUAUCUGAAGCAAUUUUCAACGACUUUUUCAACUUCUACAUUCCUAAAAUGGGAACUGCUUCAGUUGGGGGUGAUACCAAGGAGUUCUUGAAGAAGCAACGCGUGAGACGGCGAGAGAGAGAGGUGGUUGCGAGCAUCUUCACUCCGCCCAACGCCAACCAGUCAUGGAGGAAAGUGCUGAGCAUGGGGAACCUCCUCAAUGGGAAUGAACCAAUCCUAAGGGAGAUCAUAUUUUCCAAAAGAGAAACAGUGGGUGGAAGUUAUUAUGCUACCAAUACUCCAAGGAACAAUGAACAACAGGAGGAUAUAGAGACACACAGGAUGUAUCUAUGUGGAACCUCCAAUGACCUGAGUGUAGCACUUGCUGUUGCCUCUUGUGACUGACUAAUCUUUUAUGCCUGGCUUCCAAUGAAACUUGGAGCUCCAU